CCUCUCAUGAGGUUAUUUAACCCGUCCCAUUUUUUCUCUUUUUAGUAGAGAGAAAGCGUCCUGUCCAACAACAUAUCACUCCCAUCAAACAGAAGGUUCUGCUUUAACAAUGAAUGUCAGCUGGAAUGACAGCCAAUAUGACACUGACUAUGACGAUGAAGUGUGUGAGAAAGGCGAGGUGGUCAGAUUUGGAUCCAUUGCCAUUCCUAUUUUCUUCUCUGUUGUGAUCACACUUAGCCUCACAGGAAACAUCCUCGUCCUUGUAAUCCUGGCUCUGUACGAAAACCUCAAGUCUCUCACCAACAUAUUCAUCCUCAACCUGGCCAUCUCUGACCUCAUCUUCACCACCGGUCUCCCCUUCUGGGCCAUUUACCACAUCUAUGGAUGGUUGUUUUCAGAGAUUCUCUGCAAAAUUGUAACAUUUGUCUUCUUCACUGGAUUUUACAGCAGCAUCCUCUUCCUGACAAUCAUGACCAUCUACAGGUAUCUGGCAGUGGUCCACCCUCUCUCUGACCUGCGCAUACAAAAACUCACCACUGGCAUUUUCCUGUGUAUCCUAACAUGGAUUAUCAGCAGUGGAGCAGCCAUGCCGUCCCUGCUCUACAGCUCUCUCCUCUCGAUCCCUCAUAAUGGUACACAUUCCCUCGGGUGUGAGUACGAAAACACCUCGUGGAAAAGAAUUGCUGUCACCCAACAGAAUAUUUUCUUCUCGGUUGCUUUUGUGGUGAUGGGUUUCUGCUACAUCCAAAUACUGAGAAGAAUCACAAGAACAAGAUCCCACACAAAGAACAGAGCAGUGAAGUUAGUCUUCUGUAUCGUGGCUGUGUUCUUCAUCGGUUGGGUGCCAUACAAUGUGGUCAUCUUUCUGAGAACUUUGGCUGACGAUGUGGUUUCACCAUUUCAGUGUGAAGCAAGCGUCCAGCUCGAUUAUGCAUUCUAUGUGUGCCGGCUCAUUGCUUUCUCCCACUGCUGCCUGAACCCUGUCUUUUAUGCAUUCGUCGGUGUGAAGUUUAGGAGCCAUUUGAAGUUAAUGCUGCGUCGAAUGUUCAGUCGGCAAAGUCCAGUCGAGGAAAAGCAGGUUAGAAUGCAAAACCUUGUCUCACAGGGGUCAAUGUACUAGCUCCUGUUCAAGCAUUUCAUUCUUAUGUUUACUUGUGCAUCACUGAUUUUAAAAAUGCAUUUGGUAAAAUCCACUUGAUUCACAUGUUGUAGUUUGUAGCAAGCUCCACUCAAAAUUCAGAUUGUACUUUUGCUGUUUAUUGUUGCAUACCUGGGUCUGUGUUAAAUGUUUGUCUUAACAUGUAGCUCGUGUGGGAUGUGGAAUUGUAACAUAAAGUUAUCUACUGGCAGUUUAAACAAACUUGUUUUUCAUGGGCAUGUAAAAAAUGUUAGUCACAGCGGAAGUGGAACCACUUUAGCAAAUAUCCUCACAGUGUAAAUGAGUAAAUGUGUAAAAACGUUUGAGAAUGACAAAUUAGAUUUCACUUAUCACUGUAAUUUUGUAAUUUAUGUAAUUUUUUCAUGUCAUUGUAUAGAACAGAUAAACAUCACUUUUACAUGUAAUUGUGCAAGGGCAUUGUUAAAAUCCUUUUUGUUGUAAUUCUAGCAAAUGUGCUUGUAUAUUAACAGUCAAUCCACAUUUUCAUCUGCUAAAUUCUCGGUUUUUCUGUGGUUUAUAUGUAGAUUCACAGAAUAGAACUUGAUACAUAAUCAUGUAAAACAUUUCAAAAACAAUUGUGGUGCUUGAACUGUCCCAAUGCAACUUGCACUUCUCGUUUCCUUUGUGCAAUAAAAACAAUGACUUUUUCAACUGA